GAAGAAAAAUAUUUGAAUAAUGCUGCAGGGCUCACAUGGCGCAAGAAUAUUUUUAUUAAUAUUGGUAUAAUGCAUCAAUCAUACAUGGAGCAAGCAAUUGUGUUGACCUUCAGGCUUCAGAGAUACUCCUUUUCAUAGUUAGCAGAACAUGAUGUAUUUAACCACUAGAUAAUGUAAAGCUCGUACUCUGGAUUAUUAUACUUAUGGAUUACAUAGCCAUUGUCGGUGGAUUAUUACUUGCCUGGACUUUCGUUCAAUUAAUUUGUUGGAUUUCAACAAGCAAAAGAUGUAACAAAAAGCUUCCACCAGGACCAAUUCCACUACCACUGAUUGGAAAUCUUCACAACAUACUUGGUGGUCAACCCCAUCAGUCCCUGACGAAACUAGCUGAAAAAUAUGGCCCAAUAAUCAGCCUCAGGUUGGGCCAAAUAACGACGGUGGUAAUAUCUUCAUCAGCGGUGGCAAAAGAAGUUAUCCAAAAGCAAGAUUUGGCCUUCUCCAGCAGAACAAUCCCAGAUGCAAUCCAUGCCCUUAAUCACUAUCAAUUCUCUGUUAUAUGGCUGCCAGUUCAUAGUCGGUGGAGAAGCCUCCGGAAAAUCAUGAAUACUUAUAUCUUCUCUGGCAACAGGCUUGACGCAAAUCAGCAUCUCAGGUCCCAAAAGAUCCAAGAUUUAAUAGCUUAUUGCCGUCGGUGUAGCCAAACAGGGGAUGCAGUGAAUAUAGGCCAAGCUGCUUUUGAGACCUCUAUGAAUUUACUUUCGAGUACUAUUUUUUCAAAGGAUGUAGUGGACCCUUAUGCAAAUUCAGGUAAAGAAUUCAAGGAUGCGGUGUGCAAAAUCACGGAAGAAGCUGGUAAGCCCAAUUUGGCUGAUUAUUUCCCCUUGUUGAAAAGGAUAGAUCCUCAAGGGAUAAGGCGAUGCGUUGGCAAGAAUUUCGAUAAAUUGCUUCAGCAGAUUGAGGUAUUGAUUGAUGAACGGUUGGAGGAAAGUAGGAAAUCGCCAACUAGAGAUAGCAUAGAUGUUCUUGAUGUUUUGUUAAAUACUAGCCAAGAAGAUCCGGAGGCAAUCGACAGAAAUCACAUAGAGCGGUUAUGCCUGGACCUUUUUAUUGCUGGAACUGACACAACUUCAAAUACACUAGAAUGGGCAAUGGUAGAGAUCAUGAGAAAACCAGACAUAAUGGAAAAAGCUAAAGCCGAGCUUGCAGAAGUUAUUGGGAAAGGCAAGAUAGUAGAAGAAGCUGAUGUUGCUAGACUCCCUUAUCUACAGUACAUAGUUAAAGAAACCUUACGGAUGUACCCAACAGUUCCCUUUAUGAUUCGCAAGGUAGAUCAAGACGUUGAGGCGUGUGGGUACUUUGUCCCGAGAGCUUCUCAAGUGUUAGUGAAUCUAUGGUCAAUAGGUCGUGACCCAACUAUAUGGGAAGAGCCUUUGGUAUUUAAGCCUGAGAGAUUUUGGGGUUCAAAAGUGGACGUUCGUGGCCAGGAUUUUGAAUUCAUUCCAUUUGGUGCUGGUAGGAGAAUUUGCCCCGGGUUACCUUUGGCAAAUAGAACAGUUCCUGUAAUGUUGGGUUCAUUAUUGAAUUCAUUUGAUUGGAAAGCUGAAGGUGAUAUUGCACCAGCGGAUUUGGAUGUGGAAGAAAGGUUUGGUAUUACACUAGCGAGAGCACGUCCUUUACGAGCUGUACCUGUUCUGCUAUAAAUGUUUGCUCCAAAUUGGUCAUGUAAUACCAUUAUUAUUGACAAGACAACACCCCAAACUAAGGCAUUGGGGAGUCUUGAUUCAGGCAUGAAUAUUGAAGUUCCACAUUAGUUUAUGAUUUGUUAUUUGUAGCCCUCCUAAGUAAGGAUGCUUUUGUUUUUUGUAUAUAAUGACAGGAGCUUAUAUUAUCAUGGUAUCAGAAGUCUAAAUAUCAUAACUUAUCUCUCAAGAUCAAAUUUAGAUUGUAAAAGGGCUCUCUUUCUUUGCAUCUCUUUGGAGAUCAGGGUAUAACAAACUAUUCUAGAUUUACCCACCUUCCAUGUAGAUAGUUCAAAUUACCAGUAUGUAAUUCUCUUCCUCCUUUUUUUUUUCCUCCUCCCUUUUAUAAUUUAUAUAGGUCAAAAUUCAGUGACAUUAUUUAUUCUUCAAGCUACUAUUGAUGUUAUUACGCUGAUUAGUGCUUUGUACUAAAUUUGCACAGUAUCUAUCAACAAGUCCCUAAUAAACUGUUUGGCAUUCACUUUUCUUA